GCCAGCAUUAAAAAGGCUGUUAUUAAUUUCCACCAUUGUUGCAAAUAUAUACAAGGAAAUAAUAAGACACGUAAAUUAUAAGACAGCCUUAUAAUCUCAAACUCCAACUAAUUAUCAACCCGCCAGCUCAAAAGAACCAUUCGAAAUUUCAAAACCAUUUUCUUUGUCUUCUUUUUCUCUCUUUUUAAACAUCAUCAUUUUCUCUUCUUCCUUUUUCUUUUCCUUCAUCUCUGGUUUUUUUUUUUAAUUCCGAAAAAAAAAAACCAGAGAUCAAGCUCGAACAUAAUAAAUAAUAUGUUCGAGUAACAAUACAACAUAUAAUCAGUGAAAAAAAAAUUAUCAAUGGAAAAAGGCGCGCUAUUUGGAAAAUACGAGGUAGGGAGGCUGCUAGGAUGUGGCGCCUUCGCCAAAGUAUACUACGGGAGGAACAUUCAAACCGGCCAAAGCGUGGCGAUCAAAGUCAUUAACAAGAAGAAGGUUGUAGGGACGAAUCUAAUGUCAAACAUUAAAAGGGAAAUAACGAUCAUGGCUCGUCUUCGGCACCCGAACAUCGUACGUUUGUACGAGGUUCUAGCCUGCAAGUCUAAAAUUUAUUUUGUGAUAGAGUUCGCUAAAGGUGGGGAGCUCUUCGCUAAAGUGGCGAAAGGCCGCUUUAGCGAAGACCUCAGCAGAAAGUAUUUCCAACAGCUAAUCUCAGCUGUUGGAUACUGUCAUUUUAGAGGGAUUUACCAUCGAGAUCUUAAACCCGAGAAUUUGUUAGUGGAUGAAAAUGGAAGUCUUAAAGUUACGGAUUUCGGGUUAAGUGCGGUCAAAGAUCAGAUCCGACCCGAAGAUGGGUUGUUGCAUACGCUGUGUGGUACACCCGCUUAUGUAGCACCGGAGAUUUUGUCGAAGAAAGGGUAUAAUGGUGCGACGGUUGAUGUGUGGUCAUGUGGGAUAAUAUUGUAUGUUCUUACAGCUGGGUAUUUGCCGUUCAAUGAUCCUAAUUUAAUGGCGAUGUAUAAGAAGAUUUAUAAAGGGGAAUUUCGGUGUCCGAAAUGGAUGUCGAAUGAUCUUAAGCGUUUGUUGGGUCGUCUCCUUGAAACCAACCCGAAAACUCGGAUUACUAUUGAUGAAAUAAUACAUGAUCCUUGGUUUAAGAAGGGUGGUUUGUUUAAAGAUAAAGGUCCCGAGUUUGAGUUUCAGUUUUAUCAUGACUGUUAUAGUGAUGAUUUGGAUGACAGCAUGAAGUUUUUUGCUGAACAACAACAGCAGCAGCAUCAGCAGGUGGUGGAAUCGGGUGCGAGUACGAGUAGUAGUACUAGUACUAGUGCUAGCGUGAGUGCGAGUACUAGUAGUAGUAGUAUUCCAUUGAAUGCAUUUGAUUUGAUUGCAUUCUCAUCAGGGCUUGAUUUGUCGGGGUUGUUUAACGAGUCUUACAAUCCGUUUGUGGAUGGUGAGAAGUUCUUAUCGGAUAUGACAGUUGAUAAGAUCAUUGCUACAAUUGAAGAAGCUGCGGGUGAGCUGAAUGUCAAGUGCCGCAGGAGGAAGGAUUGUGUGGUGGACUUGGAAGGUCCAAAAGGCGAUUUUAUAGCUAGGGUGGAGAUUAACCAGCUGACUGAAGAGCUGGUAGUUGUUGAAGUGAAAAUAAAAGGGGGAGAAUCUGCAUCCUACAAUAAAAUUUGGAAGAAGAAGUUGAUGCCUAAACUUUCAGGGUUAAUAUAUGACCCUAAAUCACAACCUGCUGAAGAAGUUGAUACGACGAAUGAUGAAGUAGAAGCUACUCCUGCUGUUGUGUCUACUGAUGAGUGAAUGACACUCUAAUAAUGAUACUAUAUUGCUACUAAUACAUUUUGCUUGCUUUUGGGAAAUUAACACUAUAUAAUCAGGUUUAGUUUUCGCGGCAGCUGCAAGCUGGGUGGGCUUAGGGGUUCUAAGGGAAGGAAAGCCGGUAUGCUAUUGAAUCCGAGAAUGGAAGUUGUUGUUUGUGCAUUUUGUGGAGUGUCUGAAAAUCUGUCAUAUAGAUGGAUUGUUUGAGGUUCUUUUGCUGAUGUUUUUUCUCUGUUUGUAUUAUAGUUUGUGAGUUUUAGCAUAAUCAUCGACUGGUUCGAUUGUUUAUGUCUGAAACAAAUUUCAUUAGUAGUGUAAUCUACUAUAUGCUGUAAUAAUAAUCCAUGUAUUCAGAGAGGAGGUAGUCAUACCCGGGAUUUUUCCUGAUUGCCCGGAAGAGUAAGCAUGUUGAGGUACUGUUUUUCAUUGACAAAAAAAAAAAAAAAAAAAAAAAAAAAAAAAAAAAAAAAGGGAUUCAGUUCAUUUGUAAAUUGUAUAGUACAUACUACUAAUCAAUCCAUUGUAUAGUUUAUGAAAUUUUAAUGAAAUCUCAGUUGGGUAAGUCA